CGGACGUCUCCCUCUCCGUAGGGUUUGGUGUAUCUCGUCGUUCACGUGCGGGUUCUCCCUCUCCGUAGGGCUUGGGCAUCGAGAUCGAAGGAGGAUGAUUGCAGAUGGAGAUGGCUGGCAUCGAGAUCGAAGGAGGACGAUUGCAGGGGAUUGACAACCAUCGAAGUGAGGCUAUAACGAUGGGCAAAUUCCAAGAGCAGAUCAGCGGUGAACAAAAGGACAAGGACGAGGCGAUUGAUGAUGAUGAAGAAGAGGCGGUCGAGUCGGAGGAAAAUCGCUUUGGUGCGACAACAAUCGUUGCGAUGGUCCGGCCUCCUCCAGAACCACCGCCAAGGGUUGAUCGACGCGUUUUGGAGUUUGCUUAUUUAUUUGGAAAAGUUCCUGAAAUAGGACUACAACAGUUUGAAAAUUCCAAAAUAGGACUGACAUGUUUUUUAUUCCCAAAAUAGGAGUAAUUACUGUCAAGUUUGGAAAAUACUGUCAUGUUUGAAUUCUGGUACUGCCAAAACAUGACAGUAAUUAGUCCUAUUUUGGGAAUAAAAACAUGUCAGUCCUAUUUUGGAAUUUUCAAACCUUUUUAGUCUUAUUUUGGGUAAUAUCCCUAUUUAUUUUUUCUGCAUUUUAAUUUCAACGUUAAGACGUUUGUGUUUGGUUGUUGUUUUAUUUUAUGUUGUAAGACUUUUGCACUUGGUUGGGGGAUGAGAGGUCUGCGGUAAUCGUCGUUGGCUUUAAUUUGCCCAAGUUAGGUCUAGUGCCUGCUUUGCCAAAGGUGAUUAACUCAGGGUCUCGGCCAAGGGCGGAUGGUUACAUGUGGUCCUUUCGCUAUCUUUCACACCCGACUGAAUGUUAUUUUAUCAAUAUAAGCAU